UCCCCUCCCCUCCGCUCGGAGCGCCUGUUGCCCCGUCUGGGUCUUUUGCGAUGUCUCCGGCGCUGUCCAAGCUCGAAUCGGGGCCGCUGCCCCAGAAGCUGCUCGCGCGCUACCUGCUCCUGCUCCGCCUCUACCCGGUGCUCACGAAAGCCGUCUCCAGUGCCAUCCUCUCUGCUCUCGGAAGUCUCCUCUCUCAGGUCAUUGAGAAGAGCCAUAAGAAGAGAAGCCUUGAUCUGUGGGGGCCCUUGAGAUUCGCCAUCUAUGGGCUCGUCUUCACGGGACCACUCAGUCACUACUUCUACCUGUACUUGGAGCAACUGAUCCCCUCGGAUGUGCCUCUUGCUGUUGUCAAGCGCCUUCUGCUGGACCGGCUCGUGGUUGCCCCAGCCUUCCUCGCACUCUUCUUCUUCAUCAUGAACCUGUUGGAGGGCAAGGACACGUCUGCUUUCGUCAAGAGGGUAAAAUCUGGUUACUGGCCGGCCCUCAAAAUGAACUGGAAAAUGUGGACGCCGGUCCAGUUUGUCAACUUGAACUACGUCCCUAUGCAGUUCCAGGUGCUGUUUGGGAACCUCGUCGCUCUCGUCUGGUUUGCCUACCUGGCGUCUGUCAAGAAGUAGCUCUCGAGGAAGCCGUGGGUUUGGGCUGCGCAGCUUACACCAGGGGGAAGCUAUACUUUGCGCUUGAGAGUUUCAAGCCGGUGGGGGAAGCCGAGGAGGAGGACGAGGAGGAGGAGGAGGAGGAGGAGAAGGACCUGGGCUGAGCAGAGGCCGCUGUCUGCCGGUGGCGGACGUCCUGCGGCCAUUUCUGCCCCCUGCGAUCCACGCUGUAGCUUUCGUCCUACACUUUCUGGAGCCUGGUGAAAGGGAUCUGUGCCAACUUCAACUGGGACCUUCCAAGCCUCAUCACCCUAACAGUCAUAAUUAACUUGGCAUUUGUUAAUUUUAACCUUAAUUUUUUUGCUGGGGCAACAGCAGGCAAUAACACCUUUUUUUCUUCUUCAAAUGGUGCUUAACAGUAAUGGUAAAAAUGUGUACAGGGAUCAGGGAAACCAGCAUUGGCCAUUGGUCUUUGUGUGAGUGUUUUUUUUUUAAAAAAAAUAGAAAUAAAAUUAAGAAAAGUAAUCUUUUAAAUGAUGAAUAAAAUGUCCGAUUUCAUUUU